AUGUCGGCACCUUCGACGGACAUCUCACAGCUCUCGGAAGAGCAGCAACUGGCGCUACAGCAAUUCACGUCCGUCACAGACCAGGACCUUGAUACCGCCUUGGUCCUGCUGCAGCGCUGCCAGUGGAAUGCUCAGAUAGCCAUCACACGCUUCUUCGAUGGCGACGCCGAUGUCGUCGACGUGCCUCCGCCGCAGGACAUUCGCCGAUCAGAAAAUCUAGCUGCCAGCCUCGAUGCAGCUGCCUUCACAAGAACAAGACCCACUACAAACGGACUGCAACAAGCGCCUCGCGUUGUGCCGACGCCAGAAGGCCAGCUUACCCAACCCGCUCCCUUCGUCUUGCAGCUGCUCUUCUUUCCCUUCAACCUGACAUACUCCAUCUUCAGUCGCAUCUUUGGUGCUGUCGGCUACUUGUUCCCCAUUCUACCUCGCCUCCUACACCGCCUCUUUCCUCUACAAUCAGCUCGGCCUCGUAAUACCGAUAGACGUCCCCUCAAUCCUCGCGACACAGCCUCCCGCUUCAUUCGCGAGUUUGAGGAAGAGUACAAUGUCGAAUCAAACAUAAUCCCCUUCUUCGAGAACGGCUACGCCCAGGCGUUUGAUCUGGCGAAAAGAGAGCUGAAAUACUUGCUCGUCAUUCUGCUUUCCCCCGAGCAUGACGAUACCGCUCCCUUUGUCCGCGACACCCUUCUCUCGCCAGAGGCAAAAGAUUUUAUACAGAAUCAUGCUUCAGAUAUGAUUGUCUGGGCUGGAAGCCUUCAAGAUUCCGAAGCAUACCAGGUCGCAACAGCACUCAACGUCACAAAGUUUCCCUUCACUGGCUUGGUCGUUCAUACACCGUCUGUCUCUUCUACGUCCAUGUCUCUCAUCGCUCGCAUCGCUGGACCAGUGCCACCUUCAGAAUUUCUCGCCAAGAUGCAGGAUGCCAUGCAGAAGCGUGACCAAGAGCUGGAAGGCGCAAGGAGACAGCGAUCCGAGCAGCAGGCAUCAAGAUCUCUCAGAGAAGAGCAAAACAGCGCAUAUGAGCGGUCACUGGCUCAAGACAGAGAGAGGGCUCGUCAAAGAAAGGAAGCUGAAGCCGCUCGAGAGAAGGCCGAGAGGGAAGAAAGAGACAAGGCAGAGGCCAAGGCACGAAAGGCCCAGAACAUAUUGCAAUGGAAGAAGUGGCGCACACAGUCGUUGCCGGAAGAGCCUGCUUCUACAGCUAGUGAUGUUGUGCGUAUCAGUAUCAGGAUGCCUUCGGGCGACAGGGUAAUACGCAAGUUUGGUGCCGACGCUGAAUUGGAAGAGCUGUACGCCUUUGUCGAAUGCUACGAUAUCAUCCAAAGUGAUGAGCCAGCAACAGAAGAGGAUGCUUUCGAACCGAGUGGCUAUAGUCACGAGUACGAGUUCCAACUAGUCUCGCCGAUGCCCCGCGAAGUGUACGGUCUUGAUCAGGGCGGCACUCUGAAGGCCCGUGUGGGACGGAGCGCAAAUCUUAUCGUGGAAAAGUUGAUAGACGAAGAGGAUGAAGACGAAGAAGAAAGCUCUGCAUAG